GUUUGGAGGAACUAUCUCAAGUUCAACUACAGCUGGAUUCGCAUCUUGCAUAGGAGCUGCUACAACUACUGCCGGAUUCGGUUUCGGAUUUUCAACCGCGAGCUCUGCGUCAACAAGCAAGUUUUCAUCAAUGGCGGCAGCAAGUUUUGGGAGCCUCGCGGUCCAGCAGACCACUGGCACUGGAUUUGGCGCAUCGUCAGCUUCUAGUAUUCCUACAACGAUGAACACGGUGCUGCCCCCGCCGUCCACCAGCACAAGUGGCCUGAUUAGCGCGAUAACCAAUGCCAGAAAGAAAAGAAGAAGCCCUACUGGUACCUUUGCCGGUACUUUCGAAAAAACAAGUCCUGCAUUCGCAACGCCUAACACAGCACCAGCACCAGCUGUUGCUUCAGCAUCUGAUCAUGGGAAGGCACACCAGCAGACUAUAUCUAUAGCUGCACAGCCCGUCAUGGCUGAAGCAGUAACUACAUCGUCAUCAGCGUCCUCCAGUGCAAUCUCUGGCUUUGGGUUCGGCUUUGCAAGUGCUGCCGCCAGCUACAACAUCAACCCUCCGCCACCAGCACAAAAUCUCAAGAUGAAGACACCUUCUAAUAUGCCAGCAGCAGUAGCAGCUCUCGUCCCUUCAACAUCUUCACGACCAACAUUUCCCUCAUCAUCCGCUACUUCCUCUUCCACAACUGCCCUAGUACGUGAUCGUUUUCUUCCUAUAUCUUCCAGCAAGGACAGAAGCCUCGUCUUAGUUGUCGAUACAAGAGAACAGAGAGCUUUCUCCGCUACGUCUCUGUUCAACAACAGUGAGGCACGAAGUUUGCCACUAGGUGACUUUUGUUGGGUUUGGAAGAAGAAUGUUGGAGAAGGACAACAAAAUCAGCCACAACAGUGGUCGUCGCCCGAACUACAAGACGACCUUGAUCUUCAAGAGGACCAACUCCAAGUACAAGUACAAGGAGAGGACAUCAACAAUGAUCAAGAGCUACUAGCUGGCUUCUUAAUGGAGCGUAAGUCGGUUCCAGAUUUAGACAGCUCGAUACGCGACGGCCGUUACUACGAGCAGAAGUUUCGGCUGAUGCGAGUCUUGCCAAACUUAUGAUGAGAAUGUUCAGCUGUUGUUCAUCUUCUCGAUCUCGUUCUCUCUACUCAGCAUCUUCUCGAACAACUCGAUAUCAUCUUUUCCCCAUUAUUAAAUUGGAGAAAAGAAUACAACAAGAAGUAGGGAGAAGUAAAAGAGGCGUAAAUGAGCUCCUGAGGACAGGUCGCCGAGAGGCUGAAUCUGAGAAUUCAGGCACACUAUGGCUAUCUCUAACAAGUUUUCUUUCCCUGUUCUAUCUAGUGGAGAGCCAACGCAAGGCGUUUUGGGAAGCUAAAGGCAUCACCUCUUCAACCUCUGGUCCUCGCUGGGGACAGAAGCCUGGCUUCGGCAACCUGGCUGAGCGAGGCCUUCCGCAUACGACGAUCUGCGCCGCAUUAGUGCAUACCCAGUUCAUAUUAAGGGUUUCCGAAUUGCAUUCCUCACUACCAUCCCUGGCUCUUUUCCUAGUAGAAAAGAGGCCAGGGAUCAUGUGCUGAAGAGUGUAAAAAUUCCGUAACCUCUAAUCAUGAGUGGGAUCCGUACAUGCCGGACACAAUCACCAAGCCAUACCCAGAGCUUGUUAGAGGCAAUCAGUAUGGAGAUCGUUAGGUGUCAAGAAGAACAGGAGAGAAAUGGAGGAGGAGGAAGAGCAACAGCGUCUAGUCGUGGUACAGGAAAAGGCACAGCAGUGCCAGUUCUUCAACCGAACAACCAGACUGCAGGAGCUCAACAAGCACCACCAGUUGGCGCAUCUUCGGCUUCAAGUAAUGCGGUAGGUGGUGCCAGCACUAGUACAUCUGCGUCUACUACUUCCAGCCUGCUUGAGAGAUUACGCAAAUCGAAGGAAGAUCGAGAGAAGGCAGAAACGUUGCUGUUGAGUAAGAAUAACGAGUUCAUCUCGGAGCAGUCAAAUUCAACAGCACUCCAAAAAGAACGGAAACAACUAGGAGAUGCUGCCACUGUGAAUCUAAACCAGCCUGCGACAUCGUCCACAUCUUCAUCUUCAUCGAUGAUCGUGUCCAGUCAUGACAUAAGCUACCCAACCUUCGCCAGGGAAGCCAAAAAGACCUGCGACUUGACGACGAGACAGCUCUUUGGGAGACAAUUGCGACAUAUCGACGGCUGUGGGGAAGAGGCGGUGGAGCAACUUGUUCGGGAGUUCAAGAGUUGGUCUGAUUUGAGACGCAGACUGGGAACCAAGACUGACGCAGAAUGGAUCAAUAGAUUGAAGGAUAAUUUGAACAAUACUGGACCUGGGGAACAACCUGACGAGGACCACAGUGUCACUUGUUCUUCUGCGCUCUCUGGAAACAAGAAAGCCCGCAGUAUAAGGAAAGACAUAAUUGCAAAGUUGAGAUUGUUCAUAACGUGAAAAUUUUUUGGUGUGAGCAAUCAUGAUCGCGACGACACAGUAUGACGCCCUGCGGCAGUCUCGAC